AUGGCCAUGCCGCCUCGCCUCAUCCCCAAGCCGCCCAGAGCAGUAGCAGGAGGGAGGGGCCACCGGGGAGGUGCGCUCACCGCCGCCGCCGCCGCCGAGAUCCGCCUGGGUGCACUUGCCGCCGCUGCCGCCGAGAUCCGCGCGCUCGCUCCAUGGGACCGCCGAGGUCCAGGGGGCGGCGGCGAGCUCCAUGGGCGGACGGAGCCCGAGCCCGGCGCCGUCUCGCGGACUCCUGGGCGGCCGCGAGGAAGAGCAGAGAGCGGCGGUCCCGCGCGCCCUUGCCUGCUCGCCGGAGCAGGGGAGCCCGCCGCGCGAGGUCCAGGGCCGGCGUGGAGGCCGGCUGCCAUGGCCGCGCGCCCCGCCGGCGAGGGAGGGGAAGGAAGCCCCGCGGGGGCGUGCGCGGAGGGAGGGAGGGAGGAAGGCCGCCCCUGCCUCACCGUGGCCGUGGCCGCCCCGCGCGGGCGUGCGCACCUGUCUCGCCUUGGCCGCCGGCUCGGCGAAGCUCCAGGCUGGCCGAGCUCGUGGCAGAGGGAGAAGGGAGGGAGGGGUGCCGGAGCACCGAGGGGGGUGGGAUCGCCGGAGUGCGGGCCGCGGCGGCGCCGGAGCCUAGAGGAAGGGAGCCGGUGCCGAAUCCGGCGAGGUAGCAGGGAGGAGGGCGGAGAGGGAGGGGCGGUGGCGGUGGCGGAGAGGGAGGGAAGGGGGCGGAAGGCCGGCGGGGAGAAGAGAUGGGGAGGAGAGAAAAAUGGGGAGGGAGUGGAAAAAAAUUGA